AUGGACAUGAUGCUGAGCUAUUCGGCGGUUGCCCAGGACCAGCCACUUGGCCAGACGGCGAGCCAACUUGAAGACUCGUUUUUAGACAUUGGCACAGCGUUUCCCGACACGUAUCGACUGGCGGAGAACGACCAGCAAGGCUCUGUCUAUUUUGGGGAUGCGGCCAAUGAAUCCUUUCUUCAGCAGAUCCGUCAACUCGUGGCUCGUAUACUGGGGCCAUGCUCUUUUGCCGAACAGCCGAUACAGUAUCAUACCAAUCAUGACCCCUCUUGUCCAGUGUCUGUGUCCGAUCCUCCACCAAAGCCCAGCCCUUUGGAUGCGAAGAAGCUUGUGAGUUGGGGCAUGCUGGCGACAAGCCAUUUGCUGGGUGCUUUGGACGAAUCAGAGGUACAGACACAAAUAGAAGAGUGGCUACAGCAAGACAACAGUGCUGAACAUCUCUCCUCCGCGAUUUGCUAUCUGAUUCUAGCAAAUGGUGCACUUACGUGCCCGGCUGAUGAAGACGCGACCGCCGAGGCAUACUACACAUAUGCGAGAUAUCUGACAAAUUCGAAAUCAAACCAAGGGCCAGAUCUCUCGUUGAUCCUUUGUCACAACUUGAUCGCUUUCUACCAGAUAAACUCAGGAAGACGAGAUGCCGCCUAUCACUCCAUCGGAGUUGCAUGCCGACUUGCAUGCGCCGUGGGCAUUAACCGAAUGGACAAACCGCGCCACAUGAGCCACGCUGAUUUUGCAUUCCGCGAACGUCUAUGGAACGCAUUACGGCUGUUCGAUUCAUUCGCCAGCGGUUCUCUAGGUCGACCUAUCAGCACCUACGAGACCCGCAACACAAAGGCCGAAAAGGGCUAUUCCUCCGCCAUCGACAUGGCAGCUAUCAUCCAAGCCGUUAUGAGGGAAGUCUACGGCCCUUCCAAGGUCUCCAGGCACUUUAUCACAACCAUGACUCAGGAGCAUCGCUCGUGGGCGACUCGCAUGACCUCUUGUCCGAAGACGAAUGGGAUAGAGUCCGCGGAACAAACCCAGGGAUACGACUCGGCACCAACUCUGGCAUCGUCUAAUAUAAAGGAGUCAUACUACUGGUCAAUCAUGCUGCUGACACGGCCUGUUCUCCUUGAUCGAGCGGCGAAGCAGGCGAUGCGUGGAUCGGUCGGUGAUAACAGCUAUCGCGAUCAACAAGGGGCCUCCCCAUCACAGUCCGACACAGCGCUUUUGUAUGCUUCAGCUGACUCGGCGGUGCGAAUAGUUCGCUUGUUGGAGACAGUUCUUACCAGGGAAGACCUGCCCAAACGGCUACCAUUUCCAGUCCACUCCGCCUUUACAGCUGCUCUAACACUAGGUGUCGCUACAUUUGCAGACUUGGACCAUGUUUUCCCACUGCGGCCAAAUUUGGAAAUUGUGGGACAGUUGCUGCAGAGGUUUGAAAAACAUGACAGUAUUGCGAGGUACUACUGUCAAGUUGUGCAGCAGCUGAAAUCUGCAUGUGACGAGUACGUGGAGCAGCGGAAUACCCGGAUAGUUGAGAAGCAGGUCGGUGAUCUGUUCGGACGCCUUCAGGAGAAGACUUCUUUGUCAAGACACGAGCGCGGGAUGACGGACAGUGGGUGGGCUGAUGGUGAGACGGCUACCGCCCAGGGGAUGCCCAGCCCUUUAGCUUCUCUACCAACCAUCUGUUUGACGGAGAAUUCAGCCCUAGAUGAUGAAACUAUCACAGUUGGUGGGGCCUUUCCCGAUAUCUCCUUAGACACGUUCGAUGAGUCUUCUUUGAUUGACAUAUCUUGUAUUGAAGAUACUUCUGAUGUAGGUAGCCUAGCAUAUUCUAGCUUGAGCUGGUUCCAAUGA